UCGUGACUUCAAACUUCCUUAUUCCUGACAGUGCAAACUCACCAUGACUGCAUCCGUGCACAGGUGUUGUCAUUACACAAAAGACUUUCUCUAUCUGUUGGCUCAGUGUCUGUAUGCGUCACUUGAUGGGACUGCCUACUUUAAUGAGUCACUUAAGAGAAAAAACACCUUUCUGUAAGGAAGCAAUCGUGUUUCAGGGGGACGGACUGCACGUCAACUGCGAAGGGGUGGCAGUCAUGCAGAGAAACGAAAACAGUCGAGAGUUCCUUGGUCGGGAGGAUGCUUCUGAAGAGAGCGUCAAGGCAAAUUGACUAAAUUAUACAAUAACCUGGGAAGAAUUUUGUUUUUUGGAGUCAGAAGCGCAAACCCUCAGGCACAAUGCGGGACAUGAUGGAAAGACUGCAGACCAUCGUUGAGGAGGAGGACGAUAAAGACUCGGGUUGCUUUGUACCUGAGUACGAUGUAGACAAAGGGCCUUUGACUCUGGAGGCUGUUAUAUUUGAGAAGUCCAACACUAUGGAAGAAAUCCUUCAUGAGGCCAGUUUGAUACGCAAAAGUAUCAUCUUGCUCAGCUUGGACGUAGAGCGUCUGAAAAACAACAACGAACGGUAUGGCACCUCUGUGAGCCGAUUCUCCAUUUUGAAACGGGAUUCAGAUUCCAUCGCCAGAAAGAUCCAGCAGCAGGGGGAUUCGGUGUACAAAAGGAUUCAGGCUCUGGGUGAUCGUGCCAAUGAGUUGGAGCAAACUGAGGGCGGAAACCGGGCUGUUAGUCGCAUUGCUCGCAUUCAAUAUGACACACUGGCUUUUGCCCUUCGAAGUGCAAUGGAAAAUUACAACAGUGCAGAGGAGAAGCAGAGGGAAAUCUGUAAGACGAGGAUCCAAAGGCAGGCUUCCAUCAUUGGGAAGGACAUUAGUGAUGAACAACUGAAUGACCUGGUGAACAAAGGUGGAGAAGGCUGGGAAGAGCUUUGCCAGAGUCUUCAGCCACCAGGUGCACAAUCGUGCCGCACAGCUCUGAAUGAGAUCAAAACUAGACACACGGAGCUGGUGAACUUGGAGGCCAGGCUUAAGGACAUCCAUGAAAUGUUUUUGCAAAUGGCUGUGCUGGUGGAGGAGCAGGGAUCUCUUCUUAACAGCAUUGAGACACAUGUGGGCAAAACUGAGGAACACAUUAAGAACUCUGACCAUAAAUUUAAAGAGGCCUUAAUCCAUAAAAAGAAAAACCCUUGUCUGACAUGUUGUCCAUGUUUACCUUUCUGGAAAUAGCUAAACUUUAUUUAUUUUACUUUGGUCUGGAAUCAAACUAAGACCAAUAUUAACUGGAAAUAUUGCUGAGAUGUUUGUGGCAAAACAAGAUUCAGAAGGAACUUUGUGCUGCAGAGAUUAACUUAAUUUUAAAGGUUUGAAAGUGAAGGUUGUCAAAAACUACAUGUUUUGUUUUCAUUUGAUCAAGAACUUAUGACUGUACAUAAACAUGGAAAAAUGUACCUUUUUUUUAGAUGAAGAAUGUUUUAAUCCUAUAGCAUAAUGUCCCUCUAAUGAUUGUCACUGCCAGUCACUGUCUAACAUGAGUUUUGUGAGGAAUACAAGAGAAGAAAAUCAUAUUUUCCUAACAUUCCAAUGUGUCUGUUCUUUA